AUGGAUAUUAUGAGCAAAGUUUUGUCUUAUUUUUUAAUAUUUUUGACAUUUUGUAAUCAAAGUAAUAAGUUUAAUAGACUAGAGAUGAUAAGUCUGAUGGAUUCAGUUCCUAAAGAGUAUUACAUAACAAAUAAGCACUCAAAGUUUAGCUACAACUUUAAUCGUCCAAAAUUCAUUCAUCUAACGCCAGAUGGACUAACGCCAGAAGCUGUAGACGAGAUUAGAAGCUCAAAAUUUGGAGUCGUGAUUCAAUAUAGUCAUGAGUUCGAAAACGAUAAUGAAGGAACUCAGCGAGAAUUUGGAUACAAAGAUGCAUGUCCUGUUAAUAAAUAUAGAACUGAGUCUCCAGAUUUUAAUACAAUUGGUAGCAUAUUAGAGGAGUUUUACGAAAAUCUUUAA